AUGAAGAAAUUGAAAGUGGUGCCUGUCGAGUUGAUUAGGUAUUCCGAAAAUGGAGCCACUUUGUCGCCCACAUGCCUUCAAGAUAUUCCUGCUGACUCAACGGAGGUGAAAUGGCAGAAAAGUGAUCUAGGAUCAGAUGGUUAUUUCCCGGCGAAGAUUUUAUGCUUCGGUGGUACCGUGGAAUCAACAAUUGCAACGGCAAAGGUUAUGGGCCAUAAGCUUGGAGCCGAUUCCGUUCUCCUAGAACCUCUGCGCACAAAACUACUGACCCCAGAGAGUCCUAAGGAGAAGAACGAUCGAAAGUCCAGGGCAUUAAUCAAGAGGAAAGCACCCAUUUCUUCAGAAGAUCCUGUGCGUAGCAAGAAAAAGAGAAAGGCUCCACAGAAGGAGAAGAGAGCUGAUGUUGAGCAGGGUCAGAGCUCAAAACAAAAGAAAAAGAAAGCACCUCUAAACAAGCUCGCUGCAGACCCUAUUGUGGCAGCACGUUUGAAAGAUGCAUUGGAUUUGGCUUUGACCUCAAACCCACUUUGCCUAGACCACCUAUCUAAAUUAGAGAAAAAUGAUGCCUCUUUACAGGAUGGGCCUCUGAAGCUAGAAAGUAUUGAUCAAGACGUUCAAAAGAAGGCAUCAGAAUCUGUGUUCGAAUCUGUCAAAGCUCAAGUCAAAACUGCUGCAGGGAAACCUUCUCUGGUCAAGCCUCCAUUCAAAUCCUCUCCUGUCAAGUCUCCAUUCGAAUCUUCUCCUGUUGUAUCUCCAUUGAAACCUUCUCCGGCCAAAUGUAACUUCAAACCUUCUCCAGCCAAAGCCCAAUUUAAACCCUCUCCAGCCAGAGUCCAAUUUAAACCUUCUCCAGCCAAAGUCCAAUUUAAACCUUCUCCAGUCAAAGUCCAAUUUAAACCUUCUCCAGCCAAAGUCCAAUUUAAAUCUUCUCCAGCCAAAGCCCAAUUUAUACCUUCUCCAGCCAAAUCUGCAACCCAAGAUGUCUUCGAAGGGAAUGACGCAGACUUAAAUCCAACUCCAGUUAAGAAGACACUUUUUGGAAUCUCUUCUCCAGGAGAGUCUGUCACACCUUCAACACUUGGAGUCAAGAAGUCUAGUGACUCCUUCUCUGAGGAUGACGACUCCAACACUACAGUUAAAGCUUCCAGUGAUUCAAGCCCUGACCCAUCAAGUGAGGACUCAAGUGAGGGAUCUAGUGGAAGCAAUGACCCAGUGUGCAAACUCUCUGAUGACAAGGAGCAAUUACGACAGAAACUGCUCACUUUAAAAUUGGAGAACCAAAAUCUCAAGACCCAGCUUUCAGUAGUGUGGGGUGAAAAAAAGAAAGUGGCUGAUGCCUCAGAAAAAACUGUUGAAGCUCUUAAAGAAAAAUUGAUUAAAGUGCAAGAAGAACUGAAGCAUGAAAAGAGUAGGAACUUUGCCCUCCAAGAAGCUCUUGUAAAGACUUCCAGCUCUCAUUCAGUGUCUCGUACUCUACAUUUUGGGAAAUCUGCUGAAUCUCCCAAGCACUCAGGAACCACAGAUUUAUCAGACCCUUCCCUUCCACCAAAUAAUGAAGAGGAUGAUAAAUCCAAAGGCACUGCUCCUGACCAGAAGAAAGAUAGCAAGAAACAAAAAUCUGGGAAAAAAUAUAUUGAGAGCAAUGCCUUGCCCAUAGAUAGUUCAUGUCAGAAGGUUCUUAGUUAUUUGAACAAAACUGAGAUUCCAAUUUUAGACAAAAAAGGAAACGUUGACAUUGGCAACGAUGUUGUGAUAAACUAUAAAGGCAUGAUGGAUAUUCUUAGGAGCAAGACUGAGCCAGAGACAAUGGCACGGAACUUGACUUUGCUAACAUGGGAUUCAAAAGAGAGGGCAUCACGAUCCCUGGAUGGAAAGAUCAGCAACAGAUACCCGAAUGCCCCCAAAAAAGCAGCAGCCACUCCAAGCAAGGUUAACUCAAUCUUAGGAGCUGUGAAAGCUUCUCUGCUGAAGGCUGGUUCUCAAGAAGGGCCAAUGAUGAGUACAACCCUCUUUGCGUGCCGACGGGGUAUUGGCAACAGGUUUAAUGAAACAUCCAAUCAGUCCAAGAAGAGUCCUAAUUAG